AUGAUCAUUUUUCUUUCGAAGUUCAACGCUCAAGGUCCAAUAUCUGAUGUCAACACCUUACUCUCUACCUCCCCCUCUCUUCUUUCUGUUCCUCCAAGUUCACUCGAACCAACACGCACACCCAUUAUCGACGCUUUAAAGAAUUCCACACCAAUUCUCACUACCAUCAACAAUAUAUCCAAUACCAUCUUCAAAGUUCAAAAAGACCUCGUGAUAAUGUUCACUCCAAAUCGACGCGUCGACAGAAGCUCUCAAAGUAGCUUGGCUUUCCGAGUCAAAUCAGAGCAUAGCAAUCUGAUCCUGAAGGGCCGACCCCAUUCCCUCUCUUCGACAUUCGGAAGAAUUGGAAGAUCAGAUUGGAAUGAAGAGUAUUCUUCGCACGAGAAUUAUGAUAAGUCAAUGAAGAUUGUGACAAGUAGUGACCGAAUGCAGUUCAGAAAAGGAAAAAUACCUCUCGAUGCUUUCAUACCAAUGUUGUUAGAUGAAUGA